AUGACCUUUGUCAUCUAUUCGCUCAGUAGACAUUCAAAUAUUCACGUUCCGCACCCUCCCUUUCAAAUGACCCCACACAUCCACCUUGCGGGUUCACGGGAAAGACAUGCACCGCCCUAUUCCGUGUCCCAAUCGCCAACCACCGCCCAUCCUGAGCCGAAUCUACACCUUCAACCACCGCCAACAUCCUGCCACGACGCAAAUCGUACAAAUGUCACACAGACCCACUCUGCUCCAAAUCUGAAGAACUCGGUUGCGGUUGCGAAGCCACGUUUCAUGAGCCUCCCCCCCACCACCAAAAAGAACCUCAGGAGCCUGGCGUAG